ACCCCUCGCUCUAACUCUGAAACACAGCAGCUAAAGGCUCCAAAAGACAAGAAUUGCCCCUUCUGUGGCCAGGCAUUCACAUCCUCCUCACUCGGCCGACAUCUUGACCUCUACAUACGGCAGAAGAAUCCAAAAGCCGCAGAUGGCAUACACAUCGUCGAGGAAAUCAAGAAACUCCGGGGUGGCAUAACAAGGCGUCAGGCGAAGAGUGCAAUAAAAAGGUCAUCGCUCAGCACGCCGAACCAUAAGGGCGAUCAGUCAUUGCUGGAAGAUGAAGAUUCGCCAGCCAUUGAGGAGUCUCCGCUUGAUGAUGAUGACGAUCUUGUGUCGGCAAAGCCCAGGCAGCGUUUCAAGGAUGUUUCGUGGAAGUCAUCAACAAGCACACCGCGUGCAUCGGGAGGCAAGACAGAGACCAGGCGAGGGGUAUCUCGUCACUUUCAGAAGGCCGACCUGGACCAGCGACAGAAGACUUCGGCAGAGGAAGAGACUAUCAGGGCCACAGAACUAGCAUUGCGGGAGCUGUUGAAGACGGUACAGGAAGCCAAUGCCAAAGCAUCAGGCCCUCGCCUCUUUGACUUUGACCCAUACACAUUAACCUUCCCAGGCCUUUGCCUUCGCAUAUUACCGGCUCCGUCAACUCUGUUCUCCCCGACGCCCUUCCCUACGAGUGAAUCGUGGUCAAUCAAUCCACCUGGUCAGAAACAGUUCGAUGCACUGAAUAAAUAUGUUCGGGAACGACUUUUGGCACAUCAGCGUCAACGGCAGAUCAACCAGAUGUAUCCCGCCAACCAGCACUCGAAUCCAGGCUCUGCCGCGAAUUCGCCUCUACCGACACCCCCACUCUUCGACCCGGACCCGCAGAAGCUCUUCUGUCACCUCGCUGACGCCUAUAAUCACUGGACCGCGCAUUCAGACCAACAAAGGCAGGAGGCAUGGCAAUUGGAAAUUCUACGCUCAUAUGCUCGCGCGGACGAAUUGAGAAGAGAUGCUGAUAUGAGUUUGGAGAACGCACGGCGCGAGAUCGAAUACUUGAAAGCGAACAGAUGGUCCUCGGGCGGUUCUGACUCGUCCCCAGUCAACUUCUCUAUUGGAACGGAGACGAUCAAAGAGCUCGGGAAGCUCGGCAUGGAUUUCCGCAACUGGGACUAUGAUCGCCUUAUUGAAAAGUGCAAAAAUGCAGUACGAGACACCAAGUCUGCUACCGGUGGCAUGGCUGCACAGAAGCCAUUGCCAGCCAGCACAAGAAGCUGUUCGAUGGCCAGCCUCCCGGCCCAACCUUUCGCCACAAUCCCUGGGACAGGUCAAGAUGUCAAAGUCUCACAAGUUCCAUACUCAGCACCUGCAACCACGAUCGGCACUGAACCAGGCAGUGAUCAGAUUGAUGCCGAGGGCGAGGAUGAUGAUGGCGAUCCAGAUCUAGAUGCCGACGCCGCAUCGGAUGAAGGAUCAAUCGAUCCUCCCCCUCAUGCAGUACCUCACCAACAGCCUGUACAGCAGCCUGCUGCUCACCAUGCCGCUCAGCUGUCUCCUCAUCCUCUUGCGCAGGCCAGUGCUCAGUUCCAAGCGCAAGCACAGGCACAAGCUCAAGCACAGGCUCAGGCCCAAGCGCAGGCAUGGGCCGCCGCUCGACAGCACAUGAACCAGAGCAGGAACCAGCAUCAGCACCCUCAUCCACACCAGCACCAGCAAAUGUCGCCUCAUCCGCAACACAUGGCGUCUGCCGCGACCAGUCGACGUGGCUCCCAUGCUUUCAUUGAUGCCCACGGUAUGAACCCUGGCGCCAUGCUCCCAAUGGAGGGCAUCGAAAGCCACCAAGACCAAUUCCUGCACAUGAAUAUGAACCUUGCAAAUACCUUUGUCGGCCCGAACGGAGACGGCGUA